UCAGAAAAUCAUGCAAAGGGGUAUCAUUGCCAUACUGGGGCUUGUCAUAUUCGGCAUGGCCGUAAUAGGAACGAUAACAUCCAGUUUCGUAGAGAUAGACAGUGAGCCAGUCAGAGAAUUAUCUAUUGACAAAGCACCAAGUGAUGAUUCCUUACGAUUGAUCGUUGUUGGAGAUACUGGAGGAUUACCUGUCUAUCCAUACUUCUCGUAUGCGCAGAAGAGAGUUGCUAAAGCUAUGGAGAAAUUGGCGGAAAGUAAAAAGAUUCAGUAUGUGAUUAACGUUGGUGAUAACAUCUACUUUACCGGAGUGGAGAACGAAUACGAUCCUCGUUUUAAUACGACAUUCGAAGAAAUAUACGAUGGAAAGGGACUGAACAUACCUUGGUACAUGAUCGCUGGCAACCAUGAUCAUUUCGGCAAUGUUUCAGCUCAGAUUGCUUACAGCAAAUAUAGCAAGAAAUGGCACUUCCCAAAAUUGUACUACAAGCUUUCAUUUUCACUGAAAAACUCGUCUGUCGAUAUCCUAAUGAUAGAUACCAUUGUGCUUUGUGGAAAUACUGCUGAUAUACAAAAUGGUGGCUUCUUCGAUAUGUUAUGGAAUAGAUCACAUCAUCCCGAGGGCCCAACUGAUCCGAAGAAAGCAGAAGAGCAAUGGAGAUGGAUAAAUGAAAAUUUGAACUCGAGCAAAGCCGAUUACCUCUUCGUUGCUGGUCAUUACCCUAUUUAUUCGAUCUCCUCACAUGGACCCACACAUUGUCUCAUAGAAAGGCUGGAUCCUCUGUUGAAAGCUUACAAUGUGUCAGCUUACUUCGCCGGACAUGACCAUAAUUUGCAGCACAUCGUAUUCCCAAACGAGCAUGGCCAUAUUGUGAAUUAUGUAGUUUCUGGUGCUGGUUCACGCUCUGAUCGUGCCAAACCUUAUAUUAACGCACUCGCCAAGGAAAAUCUCAAAUAUUACUAUCCAAGUAACUGGAAUCCAUUGUCGCAGUUAGGCUUUUCAAAUGGCGGUUUUGCAUAUAUGGAGAUCACAAAGGAGAAAGCAGAUUUGACUUUCAUGACGGGAAAAGGCGAGGAGAAAUACAGCCUGACCAUCAGCCCAAGAGUACACAAACGCAAAUAGUUGAUUCUCCAUGAUAUCAUUGUUAUAUUCCAUAAUUAUAGAAUUUUGUAUUUUAAGCAAUGCGAGCACCAAGAUCGAAGUACUUACCUAAAUUUUAGAAUCAGGUCUGCAACCUCUAUGGCAUUCGAAAACUCUUGAUUUAUUCCGCACUUCAGGC